CAGCAAAUUUUUUUAAAAAAAAUUAUAAAAAAAGAGAAAAAUGAUGAAAAAUUUUAUCAAGUGAACAUAGUAAAAGUAAUUUUUUUGUUUCAUAAAUUUGAUCGUUUGAAAAUUUUCAACAAAAUUCUGUCUCACAUCAUAUUUGAAGACAUAAACAUAAACCGGAAAAAAGUGUCUAUAUUUUUUUGAAAAACAAAAAAAAAACAACAACAACAACAAAAAGUUAUGGAAUUUUCAACAUUUUCAACAUCAUUAUCCGCAUCAUCAUUAUCCGCAUCAUCAAUAUCACAAUCAUCAAGAAUUAUGAUGACCAUAAAUAGUAUUCGUUUUGUUUAUUUAGUUUUAUUUAUUUGUCUUAUAUCCGGUAAUUUAUUCGAUGUAACUAAUGCACGUAUUUGGAGCAAUAAUAAUGAUAAUGGUCAAUCAUCAUCAUUAUUAACAUCUUCUUCGAAUAACAACAACAACAACAACAAUCAAGCCGAUGUUUUCGAUCGAUCAUCACAAUCAUCAUCAUUAUUAACGGAUAAAAAUAAUAAUAAUAAUAAUAAUAAUAAUCUAAGCCAAGAAGAUUUACUUUAUAGUAUAAGACCUGCUGCUUCACCAUCAUCAUCAUCAUCAUCAUCUUCAUCAUCAUCACCAACACAAAAUUUAGCAACCGGUACUGAUGAAACAAUUCGUAAUUAUCGUUCAUCAAUCGAUACAAUUCGUUUUAUGUCACCAUAUGUAUUGCAAAAUUAUCUUGCAUCACGUUUACAAAGUAGCGAUUAUCUUGGAAAAAGAAUGGGAUCAGAAUUUUUGGGUAAAAAACGUUCAACAAUUGCUGCCAACAAUAUACGAACACCAUUAUUUGGUAAUUAUUUUUCGGAUGGUGGUAUUCGUCGAUUAUCUCUUCAUCAACAACAACAACAACAACAACAGCCGCAGCAACAAUUAUUAUUACCAUCAUCACAAUUAUCGAUAUUAACAUCACCAUAUUUAAUGGUACAGAAAAAAAUGGGAUCCGAAUUUCUUGGACGUUGAUCAAUCAAUCAAUCGAAUCAAUCAAAUCGAAUUCAAUCUUCGAAUGGACAAAUCAAUUUUGAAACCACAAAAUUAAAAAAAAACGAAAUUCUCAUUUCUUUUGCCACUUCCCCUACUACUACUACUAUUAACCCUCGUUCAACCAUAAUUUAUUUGAGCUAAAAAAAUUGAACUAAAUGAAAAUCAAUCAACAAUUUUUUUGUGUGCGUUUUAAAUCAAUCAAUCAAUCAAUCAAUCAUCAAAUUGAUUAGUGUUGGUUUUUUUCUCUCUCCCCUAUUUAACCCUUUACCCAUCAUUCUUUUUUUCAUUUCAAAUUAAUUCGUACGGGUGUCUGAAACAAACCAAAAAAAAAGCAAUAAUUUAA